AUGGCUGAUAGCUCUUCUUUCCCGGGUACAAACCCGUUCCUUAAGGUCAGCACAAAAGACGACAAGUAUUCUCCGAUUCAGAAGAUAUCCGAGGAGGAAGAAUAUGAGGUGACGUCACCAACCGAUCCCACUUUCCGCAGUGCACACUCCGCCGCUACAGCACCCACAGCUGGAAACACGUUCUCUGGAGGCAAUGACUCCAGUGAAGGGGGUGAAGGAAUACAGUUCAACAGGCCCUUUGAUGUAGGAUUUGGUCAGGGGAGCGAAGGUCAAGGCGAACACCUGGAACCUCCUGGAGGAGCUCGCCCAACGGCAGCCGCCAACCAAGGUUUCCCUAACAACUAUGCGCUGGGCCGUCGUACCUCUGUAUCUGCUGAGUCCCUGAAUCCUACCUCUGCUGGCUCAGAUAGCUGGACGCCCCCAUGCCAUCCCAAGACCGAAGAACAGGUUUCGCGAUUGAAAACGGCUGUGAGCAACAACUUCUUGUUUUCUCACCUGGACGAUGACCAGUUCAAGACUGUACUUGACGCUUUGGUCGAAAAACCCAUUCCUGCAAAAGAUAUCAAGGUGAUUUCCCAGGGGGAUGCCGGUGAUUACUUCUACAUCGUGGAGAAUGGCCACUUCGAUGUCCAUAUCAACCCCGCCGGCUCAGUCCAACCAGGCCCCGAUGGUAUGGGCAACAAGGUCAGCACCAUCGGUCCUGGGGGCUCUUUUGGUGAACUAGCCUUGAUGUACAACGCACCCCGAGCCGCGACUGUUGUCUCGGCAGACCCUAAGAGCACGCUUUGGGCUUUGGACCGCAUCACUUUCCGCCGGAUUCUCAUGGACUCUGCCUUCCAGCGACGCCGCAUGUAUGAGGCUUUCCUGGAAGAGGUGCCAUUGCUUUCUUCUCUCAAACCCUAUGAGCGCGCCAAGAUUGCCGAUGCGCUCGAUGCGAUUAAAUACCCGGCUGGCUCUACGAUCAUCGAGGAGGGCGCUCCAGGCGAUGCUUUUUAUCUGCUCGAGUCCGGGGAGGCGGAAGCUUUCAAGAAGGACGUGGAGGGCCCCGUCAAGUCGUAUAAGAGAGGCGACUUUUUCGGAGAGCUCGCCUUGCUGGACGACAAACCUCGUGCCGCUAGCGUAGUCGCCAAGACCGACGUCAAGGUUGCACGACUUGGUCGCGAUGGGUUCAAACGGUUACUGGGGCCUGUGGAGGAUAUUAUGAGAAGGGCCGAAUACUCGGCGAAGCCUUCGCCCUCAUGA